AGUAAACCAUGCAGAUUGAUGGGAACAUUCUAUUUUUUUCCAUCACCGUGUUCACUAGUCCACCUCCAACAUGACUGACAUUAUUUGGGAUCAUCGCCCCUUCUACGUGUAUGAUCAAACCGACCCAGAAACGUUCAAAGUCAUCGAGAAACGCUACCUACAAUUCCUGGACAACGUCAAUGACGUCACCACGGAGCCGGUGACGGUCUUCCAUCCACUCGGGUCGAGGCAGAUGGAAGAGCUGACGCUUAUCAGGGAAGUGAGCAAGGAGCUUCAGACCAAAAAGGAGGAAGAUAUUAAGAAGUCGCAGCAAGCAGCGGAAACUGAAGAGAAGAAGGAAGAAGUAAAAGAAGAAGAAGUUAAGGAAAAAGAAGAAGUUAAGGAAGCGGACGACGAGCCAGCUAAGAAGACCGACGCGUAGUUUUAAGUUCUAUUUAUUGAAUAAA